CGCGAACUUUCUUCGAACCGAAUUUUUAGGUCGAACAUUUGGGGUUCGACUGCACCACGGGCCGUCUGACAAAAUAAUGUCUGCUCUCUGUGUCGUGUGUGGUGCGACCAAUUAUUUUGACAGCAAAGACACCGCAAGGCUUUUUAGAUUUCCAUCGCCACUAUUGCAUCCCGAGAAGAGAGCAGCUUGGGUCGCUGCAGUGAGGAGAGUGCACCCGGACGGCUCGCUCUGGGAGCCUCUCGGGGACUGUCACAUCUGCAGCGCGCACUUUGUCACAGGGCGGCCAUCGAACUUCAAGGACCGCCCUGACUUCGUGCCCACCGUGUUCAGCCGCUCAAGAGCUCCGGGCGAUACCGCACUGCAGCCGUAUAACUUCUGCGUGGAGAGGCAGGAAGGUGAAGGAGCUGCACUGGUGGGGGAGGACAUCCACUGCCAGUUUAGAGCCACUGAGGACAUCUGGUUUAAGUGCUGUUUCUGUGGCUAUGUCACCACAGAUCAGCAUGAAAUUAUUAGCCACCUGGCCUCCCAUGGUAUUGAACAAUUCAAGUGCCAGCAUUGUUCAGUGUUGUUUGACUCCAGGUCAGAAUUGCAGUGCCACUCUCAAAGGCAUAGAAGUGAUAUGUCGUCGAAAUGUCCCAGUUCUCCAAAAUUGUCCCCCAGAGGGCAGGUCUGUUUUACUCACACAAAUGCCUAUAAGUGCCAGCGCUGUCAUUUAGCCUUUAAGGAGCAUGGGGGUAUGACCAAGCACUGUCAAAAACACUUAGCUGAAAAACCUUUCAAGUGCAAACUAUGCCCUAAAGCCUUUGCACAUAGGGGCAGUCUAACCAACCACAGUCGAAUGCACACAGGUGAAAAAGCUUUCAAGUGUAAGCAAUGCCCCAAGGCCUUUACUCGGAAUAGCGAUCUGACCGCCCACAAUCGAAUGCACACGGGUGAAAAACCUUACAAGUGUGAACUCUGCUCCAAAGCCUUCACUCGACAAUCUACCCUGGCCGGCCACAUUCGAACACACACAAGCAACAAACCUUACAAGUGCAAGCAAUGCCCUAAAGCCUUCGCUCAGCGUUACAAUCUGACCGUGCACAGCCGAAUACAUACGAGAGAAAAACCUUACAAGUGUAAGCUAUGCCCCAAAGCCUUUGCUCAGAAUAUCGCUCUUACCCUACACAGUCGAACACACACAAGUGAAAGACCUUCUUACAAGUGUAAACUGUGCCCCAAAGCCUUCACUUGGCUAUCAACCCUGACCAGCCACGUUCGAACACACACAGGCAACAAACCUUACAAAUGCAAGCAAUGCCCUAAAACCUUCGCUCAGCGUUACAAUCUGACCGUGCACAGUCAAAUGCAUAUGAGAGAAAAGCCUUAUAAAUGCAAGCAAUGUGUGAAAACUUUCAGUCAUAAGGGCGCUCUAGCCAUUCACUAUAGAAUGCACGCAGAUGAGAAGCCAAAUAAGUGUAAGCUGUGCCCAAUGGCCUUCAUUUGGCCAUCAGCCCUGAUUAACCACAUUCGAACACACACGGGCAUCAAGCCUUACAAGUGCAAGCAAUGCCCUAAGGCCUUUACUCAGAGUCACCACCUGACCCUUCACUACCGAACACACACAGGUGAAAAACCUUACAAGUGUGAGCAAUGCCCUAAAGCCUUUUCUCAGAAAAGCACUUUGACCCUCCACAAUCGAACGCACACAGGUGAAAAACCUUACUAUUGUAAGCUGUGUCACAAAGCCUUCACAUGGCUUGCAUCCCUCAAAUACCACAAUCGAAUUCACACAGGCAAAAAACACAAGUGAAAGCAAUAGUGUCGUGUGAAUAUUCGAAUAGUAGUUUCAAAUAAAAUGGUAUUCGAUAUUCGCUUCAAGAUAUUUGUGUUUUUCGAAGUUUUGAUCACGGUCGGUUAGCCCCGUUGAGCAGGCUUUUUACCGAGCAUGGGUGCACUGCGGAGAAGCAUCACCCGCUCAAGCGAGCUUUGCAGGUGUUGUUUCUCUGCAGUGCUCAGGCGCUCGGUAAGGGCGCUCAACAGGACUAACCCGCUGCAAUCAAAAUUUCAAGUAGAAAUGAGGAUUUUUUUUGUUAACAAAGCGAAAUCCAGAAGUCGGAACUAAGCCAAUUUUGGCUGAAAUUCAGAGUAUAUCUGGGUGUUCAUCAUUUCCAAAAGGUAUUAAUCUGAAAUCAGUCAUAUGAUGCAAGAAUAAGAAACGUAAAGGUGGCUGUGGUACAGGGUUCAAUGCUAGUCUGAUAAGCACACAUUCUUGUUUAUCUCAGCUUCGCUUCACAUGGAUUUGGCUCUUUUAGAAAAGAAAGUCAAAGCCGUUUACAACUGUAACGCCGAAUUAGAGCGCAGCUCUUGAGGAGGAGUAGGGAAGGGUACUGAGCGGGGAGGGGGAGGGGAGGGUAGACCCCUCCUCCUUCUCCUCCUCCCCUCAUUCUUUAAUAUCUUCUGGAGGGGGGGGGGGGGGGUUCACGUGACAUCGGGGCGUCACGUGACCUAGGAGGCGUCGCCGGGUUGCAUGCAACCGGCGACUCCGGCGGUUGCAAGCAACUCGGUUUAAAACGCAAUCUGGUUGCACGCAACGCGUGUUUGCGCCAACGCCGGUGGGUUGCAUGCAACGCGACUUGCAUAAAUCCUGAGAUGCAUGCAACGCGGACUAACCUAAGUUGCAUGCAACGCACGGUUACUUUGACGGCGACGCCGCUCAAGCCGGAAACGGGCGCCUAAGAGCUGCGCUCUAAAACCAACACAAAUAUCAGUUGCGUGCAUAGGAUGAAAGCACACUUCCAAAGUGGGAUGGUGCACGCCUGGUGUAUUUAAAAAUAAACGGAAAAUUUGACAAUGUUGGUACUUGCAUGAAUGUGAAUGUUGAUACCAGUAAAAUUUUCAAGAUUAAAGUGGCUAUUAUGCAAUAGUAUUUACAGGAGUGGUCCAUUUGCGCCAUUUUGAUAAAUUCCCCCUUGCCUGCGCCUUGCUGCGCCCAAAGGGAAAAAUUGCGCCAAAGUGAACAAAGCUGUGAACGAAUUGGCUUUUGGAAGAGUUUAUGUUUUUGUCUGGCAACUGUAGAAAUCCAGUGGGGUUUGGCCAUCACAAUCCAAUCGAGGUUUCCGGUUCCGCGGCAUUGCUUCACAGUUUUCGCACUAAUUUUACCGACAUUCCUAACGCAAUGCAGUUUUAACAGUUUUAGUUGCAUUUCGAAGCGCACUACUGAAGAUUAGCAAGCACAAGUUUUUGUUUCUGCUCGCUCAUGUUAAGAAGGAUGACAUUGCUUUAUAAGAAUGAAUGUGUUCACACAUGAUUCCCAUUUUGUUAGCAUGCUCGGUCCGGGACUGCUUGGUUAGAAAGUGUUGCAUUUUUUCACGUCAGGUGAUGUGAAUCGUUGAUCGUACUACUUGGUACAAUGUCUCUACAUUAGGGAAAACCCGGGAUAUUUUAUAGAUGAUUUGCUCGUUUCACGAGAUAAGACUGCAUCGUGCCAAUUCACCUCUAUCCAGAGCAGGGGUUUCGAAACUCCGGCCCGCUGAGCCGCUCCGUCCGGCCUGGAAAUGGCCGCAAUCUUUCCAGCGAUGCCCGGCCCGCGGCCCACUCCUCUAAAUGUCAAAAUGAAAACACGUGAAGGAAAAAUAAUAAAAAAAGAGGUGGGCGUUGCGUUGCACUUGAAAAGCGUAAUCGGAGAUAUAAAAAAAAGAACGAGAAAAUCUGCACCAAACGUGGCUUCUCUCGCCAUAGUAUUUAUUGUACAUUGUCAUCAGCAGCAUCACUAUAUUUGUAGUUCCCUGUUUCAUGUUUGUGUAACUAUGAUCUGUCAUGGCUCUUGCAUAUAUUCUCAUCAUCAGAUCUAGCAUUCUCAGUCUUUUGCCCUGUGUUAAUAUAUGCACUUUGAUUGAUGCCCGGUGAGUUCUAUGGGUCACAAUUACUUUGUAAUGUCAUGACUAGCUACCUAUUCCAUUUAAAAAUAAAGUAUAUAUGUAUUCAACCACCUUA